CUUACCAAGUUCCUCCAGAGUAUGGAUUUCUAUCAAAGACUCUAAUUUUAUCAAAGUAACCUUCGUCUUUGAGCGACUUCGCACUGAUGAGACCACCGAUACCUGCUCCAAUGACAGCAACUCGUUUGAUUGCUCGAGGGAAUGGUGUAGUGGCGGCGAUAGAACCCAUAUCUUGUCAGCAAUCUGCAAAAGUUCCGUACGAAUGGCCGACCAGAAAGCCGUCACAAAAAAAGCUGCAUCUCAGCUGAGCAGUUUUUCCCCCCUCCAGAUCCAACUGACAGAUCAGUAUGCCAAAAGUUACCAGAACUAGAACUCGAUUACAUAAAGAGGCGGCUCCAAAGAUCAAGGAUAGGAAGUUUGCUGUAAAGGAGAAGGAAGUAUUGGAGAAAAUUGAUACAACUCACGAUGAGCCACAGAUUGAGACAACAGAAGCAGGACUAGAGGAGGAAGAUGGUCCAGUGAGUAAGCGUAUGAAGAGAAAAAUGCGACACGACAAUUGGAUGCAGAAGCUCGAUCAAACAUACAACAAGUUGGACAAAAAGAAGAAGAAGAAGGGAAAGAACUCCCUAGCAGUUGACCUUAAAGACUUUGGCAGUAUUCUCUCACAGAUCCAAACCACUGAUAAGCCAAGCGAAAGUUUUGUAAGAGGAGCUCAACCGGCACCCAAAAGUCCUUUCCCGGACACAAAUCCCAAAGUCACUCGUAAAAAGACUCGAAAAGCAAAUGCGCUGCAAGAAAUCAUUCGCUUCCAAAACGUCCUUCAGCAUUCUGCAUUCAAAUCAAAUCCCAUGGAAACCAUCAAACAGCAUGUUCAAAACACUUUCCAAUAGAAUAGCAUAGAAUAUAAUCGUCAGCAACUAUAUAUACAUAAAUUUUCACCAUUGUAACAUCAGCUUUGGGGAGCACUUCUUUGAACAUUACCAAAUUUGGAC